AUGCCCUGCCCACGGCCGCUGUGGCUCCGCCGCCCGCCGGUCCCUCAGGGCUCGGGCCCCAGCUCACCGCGCAUGGGGGAGGACGAGGAAGAGGAGGAGGAAGAGGAAGACUGCAGCCUGGGCUCCAGCCCCAUCCUGUCCCCCACAUCGCCCAUGGAGUGCCUCAUCUGCGUGUCGCCCUUCGACGGCGUCUUCAAGUUGCCCAAGCGCCUGGACUGCGGCCACGUCUUCUGCCUCGAGUGCCUGGCGCGCCUGUCGCUGGCCACGGCCGGCGGCGGGGAUGCGGUGGCCUGCCCCGUGUGCCGCGCGCCUACGCGCCUGGCGCCGCGCGGUCCGCUCUCGCGCCGCCUGACGCUGAGCAGCCCGGUCUGGGCUUUCAACGCGGCCGUGGCGCUGGCGGUGCUGGUGGCCGCAGGCCUCGUGGUCUCGGGCGUCUACAUUUUCUUCCUCAUACCGCACGCCGCCUCAUCCUCCUCCGCGCGCCCCCAGCUGGUGGCGCUCGCUUCGGCGCCGGGCUUCUCCUUGUUCCCGCCGCAGCCGGCGCCAGUCGCACCUUGGACGCCCACCUGGACGCCGCGGCCUGAGCUGGACGCUACUGUGCUAGGGGCUGGGCAGGACGCCCCCCAGCCCGAGGCAGAGCCCGCUGGGGGCGCCGAGGACCCGAUGGAGGCUGACCUGGGGCUGGACUGA